CCCCCUCCCCCUCCUCUCUCUCUCUCUCUCUCUCUUCCCUUGUAUUCAACCAUACUCUAUCUCCUGUUUGUGUGUGUGUGUUUGUCUCUCCCUCUAUUGGAUAACUCCAAACCCUUGUUUUCUCUCUUUCUCUCGCCGCCUUCCCUGCUUUUCUCUGCCCCUUUCCUUACCGUCUUUUCCUUCUGAUUUUGCGUUUUCUCGAACGCCUAUUCCGACUUGUUUGAAGGAAAUGAUUGGUAUGUAUUGUCAAGAGCAUAUCUUCUUGUAUAAUUCUACAACAUUCUUUUGCCGAUUCUGUUGAUAUCUGGUGUCAAUGGCGGCUGAUCAACGAAGAAAGCGACUGAAUGGUGCCAGCAUUGCUGGCUGCAAUUCUCGGGACCAAUACAGAACCAAAAAGAGAAAACUAGAGUCACUUCAAAAUGAUUUAAACACAAAAUGUUGUAUUUCCCUUGAGUGGGAUGGCAACAAAAAAAGAGUUGUUGCCAAAAGGGAACAAAUUGGCCUGAGUCGGAGGCAUUUGAGGCCAUUUAUUGAUUCCGCACCACAUUACCACAGAGUUUUGGCAGAUGUUUUGACGCUUCCUCAUGAAACUUUUGACUUAGAGAACUUGACAGAGGUGCUUUCUUAUGAGGUUUGGCAGAAUCAUCUGUCUGAAAAUGAGAGAAAUCUUCUGAUGCAGUUUCUUCCUACAGGAACAGACAAAGAGCAGGUUCUGCAAGCAUUGCUUGCAGAAGAGAACUUUCACUUUGGAAAUCCUUUUCUUAAAUGGGGUGCAUCACUUUGUUUGGGUCAUCUUCACCCUGAUGCAGUUAUUCAGGGGGAACAGCGUUUAAAGGCAGAGAAGAAAGCAUACUACUCAGAGUUACAGGACUACCAUGAUGAUAUUAUAGAGUGUUUGCAGAAACUGAAGGAGAAAUGGGAAAGCUGCCAAGACCCAGAACAAGAAAUUGUACAGAAGUUUUGGAGGUCAAGAAGGGUUGGCGAGAAGAGGGUUUUCUCAAAUUCGAAUGAAUCUAGGCUUGGCAGUGUUGAGCAGGAUGUUACAGCUACUUCUGAAUCUUGUUCUUGGGUUGCAGAUGAGAAAGCAUGCAGUAGUGAUAAUCAGAAUUCUUCUGUUAUGAAGGGUGGAGAACAACAAAGAAGAAUGUACGAGAAAGGUUUCAUCAAGGAAAAAUGUAGAAUUCUCUUGACUGGUUCGGGUGAUGCACUGACUGCAGAAGAAAGGCCCAAGAAGGGUGACAAGCUACACAAGCACAAUAUUCAGCAGAGUGAUGGUGCCAAAUAUAUGUCAUGUUUUAAGAUAAGCAAGAAGCAACAUGAACUUAUUAAGAAUAUGAAGCAGUCUGGUAGAAGCAUUCAGGCAAGGUCCCUCAACCGUGUCUUAGGUGACAUUGAUAGCUUGCAUGUGCAGCCAUAUGAAGUCUUCAUGGAAGAAGAACAGAGGAAGUUGCAUGAACAUUGGUUGAGAUUGGCACAAGAAGAUCUCCCUGCAGCAUAUGCAAACUGGAGAGAAGUGCAGUUACAGAAAUGGGAAAUAACCAAGUUGUUGAAGCACGAUAUGAAAGAAAAACUAAAUCCGGUGUUGGAGGAUGAUGAGGAGGAAGAUACUGGAAAGGUCCAGGAUCAGGAAGACUAUGGUGGUCCAAACUUGGCUGUUUUAGAUGUAGAGAAAGAGGACCCUGAGGAGUUUCUUGAGGAUCAGAAGGAUGCUGAAGCAACAGACAGCGAGUCCAGCAUGCAAGAGGGGGAGUCUGGUCUGGCCUUACCUCAGAACCAGUCCCCACAGCAGAUUUCUUCUACUGAUAGUGGCCACACGUGCAACCGUGUGGAUAUGGAGUCUGAAAACAAUGAGAAUCUCUCAAAAUCAGAUGAUUCUUUUUCAGAUGCAUGCGAGCACUCGGAGAAUUUGAACACUGCUGAUGCAACUGUUAGUCAGGAAGUUCCUGUCUCUUCAGCAGAAAAUGUCUGGCCAGCAGAUAACAUGCAACACUCUUACCAUGAUUCUACUGCAGGCCAUGAAUACACACCUGCCAGUGGAUUGCCACUUGCACAUCAAGCCAAUGAAGACCAACAGAACCAAAUGAUUGAUCUGGAGUCAGACUUGAAUGAAGACAGUACUGGGAAGGUUUUGUUGCAUGGACAUUCUGAAGAUGGUUCCUUUAGUUCUUAUGCAAACCAAGAAAGAAAUGAGCUACUUCAAUCCUUUUUCAAGGAUCAGGGAAUGUUGUCAUAUCAUAGCGAGCAGAAACAGGCAGGGUUAGAUUUUCAGCCCCCAAAGAAUUUGGUGAUGGAAGAUGGUCAUUUUAAUGGGCAAUUUCAGGAGCAGUUGCAGUCAUCACUGCCAUUAGAGGAGGGGCAAAAGAGUCAGAAUGAGGUUUAUAUGCAACAAAACAUGUCAGAAAACCUUUACUCUGAUGGGGAGAGGUACUUGACCCCAAGGCAAGAACACUUGCCUUCAGGAAAUAUGCAGGUUUGGCCUGUCAAUCCUGUCCGCAUGUCAGCACCUUUCCAACAUCAGUUGAAUAGUGGAGAAUUAUUGAGUCCAAACUGGUUUACUGGAGAGCAUCAAGUUCAAGCUCGUGGUGGGUGGGCUGGUUCAGAUGGUUUUAGUGGCCCAAGCCAGGGUAUUCCGAGUGGAAGCAAUGCAGAUCAGAGCCUAUUUAGCGUUCUAUCUCAAUGUAACCAACUUCGUUCAAGUAGCCCUUAUGAAUCAAUGAGCUCUGCCCAGCAGUUCAUUUCACAGAGGAACAAUGGAUUGGUGAGUGGGGGCACUUCUGGAAUUAUUGGAAAUAGUUUACAGCAAGCUGCUCAUCCACUUGAUUAUUUAGGGGGUCGUGAUGCAACUACCUCACUGAUGCCUGAUGAUAUGGGAUGGAUGACCUUGCCACAUCAGAAUUCUGCUUUGCAUGAUCCAAUGGGGAAACCAUAUUUGAGGUCAUGGAAUCAAUAAGAGGGUCUCUUUUUGAUAUUGCCUUGUUGAGGAAGGGAGGUCUAAAAUUAUAGUGGAAUUAAUUGGAGGGUUAAAGUUUAUAGUCAUGGGCUGGUUUGGAGGAUUGGAAGAUAUGCCGAAUGUGAAACUUCAUCUGAUGGGAGUUUGUUUCUUAAAUUAUUUUUAGAGAAAUGCUAGAAGAGACUUCUAGGUUACAACUGCAGAUUUGCAGCAGCGGAGUAUACAAGACUCUGGGAUAGGUUUUUGUACAUACCUAUACAAAGAGCCAACUGAACUCGACACCUUUGUAUAUAGGUAGAUGUUAGAGGGGCUGGUGGGGGGUAAGUUGUGAAGGAUGAAAUAGUCCUGGCAUCUCAUAUUUGGUAGAUUUACAUAUUACAAUAUUCUCUUGGGGAUUCUUUUUUUUUUUUAAUUUUGUUAUCCUCUUAUCCCAUUGACUGAAGUAUUUGCAAUAAUUUUAGAAGUUCUAAUUGAAACUUUGUCUUUCUGUCUUAGUUGAACAAUAUGUUUUUAUGAGGUUGUGAGUGGGCUAAUAAUACAUGGGAGGCAGCUGAGUUGACUGUGUCA